CACAUUAGAAGAUUAAGAUAUUAAGAGCCCUGUUUUAGAGGGCAUUACAAAAGGUCGUACUGGUGGUGCAAUCGGACUGGGGAAGUUAACGUGAGCAGCGGCCGGCGAGCCUCUCCCACAGCUCGCCAGUGAAUGAAUUGUAUUUACCCCGGGACAAGACGACAAUAGGAGCCCAGAAUGGAUGAGCUAACAGACAAAGACCGGUUGAAAAUGGAGAUAGAGCAACUUCGUAAAGAAAUACCAUUAGAGAGGAUGUUGGUGUCUAAAUGUGCCGAGGAACUGAAGGACUAUAUUGAAUCACAAUCUGCAGAAGAUCCUUUGGUAAAGGGAAUCCCUGAGGACAAAAAUCCCUUCAAGGAGAAGGGUGGAUGUGUCAUAUCAUAAAUCAGACAGGACUCCGAUAUCCUCAGGGCAUCAGGGUAUUUUCUAAAGUUUAGUGCCCAUUAGUACAAUGAAACCCAAUAGAUGCUAAACCUGGAAGAUGGAAAAGUGCAGUCUUCUGGCAUGACAUCUUCAAGUUGUUCAUGAAUUUAAAAAGCAUUUCAGCACCUGCUGCAAAAUAAAAUAGUUUUGGCAAAUUCUACUAAGUUUGGCAAAUUAUUUUGGAAAAGAAAACAUUUGCCAAUGUAUGAAGGAUAAUUCUUUGAGAAUCACUUUAAUAUUACAAUCUGUAUAUGGAACUUAUUUUAAAAUGAAUAGUGUACAUAGCCUGAUAAAUGUAAGGCCUGAAUUGGUGUAUAGAAAUUUAUCAAGAAAGCUAUAUUAUUUCCCACUUCAAAAGACUUCUUGCAAAGCAAUGAAAUUAAUAAAAUUAUUCUGAUUCAUUAUUCCUGAAAA